AUGACGAACCUGCUCGUGGUCUUUGGAGCUACAGGCCAGCAAGGCAGCUCUGUCAUCACCAAGGUCCUCGAAGACGCCGAGCUAUCGAAGACGUACAAAGUCCGCGGGCUGACCCGCGACCCCCUCAAACCUGAUGCCCAGGCACUUUCAAAGAGAGGUGUCGAGGUGGUCAGAUGCAACACUGAGGAACGGUCAUCUGUCAAGGCUGCCUUGCACGGCGCGCACACCGUCUUCGCCAUGACGGUGUCGCUGUACAAGCCCGGAGGUAUGGAGGAGGAGCUCGCACAGGGCAAGGCCAUCGCGGAGGAGGCGGUGGCAGCGGGUGCACAGUUACUUGUGUACAGCUCUGUGCCGAGCCCCAAGAAGAUCUCGGGCGGUAAGUAUGCCGUAGACUCGUUCGACGUCAAGGACGAGGUCAGAGACUAUAUAUCCGGUCUCCCGAUCAAGUCGGCGUUCUUCCUGCCUGGGUCCUUCAUGCAGAAUUUCCACACAAACAUGGCCCCUCGGCCUGGGCCCGACGGCAAUCCCACCUUCUGGGGAUUCGUCUCGCCAGAGACCAAGUAUCCUCUGAUCGACAUUGCUGGCGACACAGGCAAAUUUGUAGGAGCCAUCCUCGCCGAGCCGGACAACGGCAAGAAGAUCACGUACGCUCAGGUCCCAAAAGAUGUCUUUGCCGGAUUCCUGCCUGAGCCCAGCCGGCCAACUUUGCUUAGCAUGCUGUCGUACUUUGAGGAGUUUGGGUACUAUGGGCCGGAAUCUGAGCAGCUGGUCAAGGAGGCGGCACAAGCUGCGAAGGGGGCGCCGGCUGAAUUUGAGGAGUACCUGAAGCGGGAGCCGCUGCAGCUAUGA